CACGCCUCGCCAUAAGAAUGCGCACCGCUCAUCUUACUUCGUGUCUAACAAACGAACACCAAUGAACCUCGCCCUGCAGUUGCUCAAAGGCCACGUCAAAGGUGUUCGAGGCAAGCGUAGCUCGCAUGAGUGUACAGCUCCGGUCGAUCUCGAAGAUGGUUCGAGCAAUUCGGAACUACAUCCAUGGACCCGCAUUCCGCACAUCCUGGAGGCGAUAUGCGCGUACCUCAACGAUAUACCAUCCUUAGCGCGUUUAGCAAGGGUAUGCGUCGCGUUCAACGAGCCCACACUUGAUGCCCUAUAUGCGAACAUUGAAGACUUUAUUGAAUUCCUCAAGUGUCUCCCCCGAGACCUUUGGAUCCUCAAGGAUCUAAAGAAACCAAAGGAAACCUCGAGCGAAUGCGACCCAGUGAAAGAGAAAGUACUUCAUUUCCGUCGCAAGAUGACACGAAACGACUGGGAUAGCUUCAUGAGCAAGUCUGUAAGAGUGAAGACCAUGGGGCCGCCUUUGGCCAACGCGCAUCGCACGCUACACUCCUCGCCCAAGUUAGUUCGAGGCUUGAGGGUGCAGUACAAGGUUGGCGAAAGUGUUCUGGGCGCAUUCGCUGAGCGUCCUAUCUCAAUACCAUUUCCAAAACUGCGGCAGCUCACGGGCGGCCUCCCGACGUCUGUGCUUUCGGCGGUCCUUUCUCCCAGCCUUCGACACCUAGACAUUACAUACAGCAAUUUGGAGGACCUAGAUGGCGAUAGUGCUGCACUGGCAGCCCUCUGUCCCUCGCUCGAGUCACUCCAUCUUGUGAUGCCUUUCCCCGCUAUACGCUCAGAUCUCUUGUCUCAAUACGUUCAGCGACUAGAGCACCUCCAUUCACUCACCGGCUGGUUACCUGCCCCACAGACCAUUCUUGAAAUUCUCAGAGAGCGGUCGAAGCUUGGCGCUCUAGAACUCGUCCUCUUUCAUGGCCAUCAUUACUCCACGCCGGACAAGGAAAGCCACCUCCAUGAAGUAGACUCGCUCGCGCUCGAGGCUGACUCUUACGAGCACGUAUUAAUUGCUCUUGACAUCAUGUUCAAGAGUUCUCCUCAGCCAUCAUCCGGCUUGGAACCUCCGAGCUUUCCGGUAGUACGUAGUCUCAGCGUCAGAGCUGGUCUGAACGAAUCCGCUCUGUACUCCCUCGUAUCCCCUCUUCCCCGCCUUAUCUCUCACUCGGCCCUCAUGGAUCUCCAUAUCACCCAUAUACUCAUUCGCUCCGAAGACGACCAUCCGCCGUUGCACGAGGCCCUACGUCAGUUAACCGUGUUUCAUAAUCUCACGGCUUUAACGGUCGAGGUUAUUGAAUCUUGCCCAGCCGAGGACCAGCUCAGCGGCUCCCAGCUCAGCGAGCUUGUUUCUCACUGGCCUCUCCUCGAGAAGCUUCGUAUCAUCCGCCCACGGGACUCCACGACAAUGCUUCCCAAGGACCCGACGAGCAUGCUCGACCUCGCGGCAAUCUUGCGAGCAUGCCCGCACCUCCGGAACGUCUACGUGGAUGUGUUGGUUCACCCUGACGAUGUCCUGGCCUUGUCCGAGAUGCUCGAUCCGUCGGAACGCUUCGAGAACCUGCGGUACCUGGCUUUACAGCACUACACGGCGCGGUACACGGAUGUUGAGCCCAUUGCUUACUUGUCCGCCAGCUGCGCUCCGUUUCUUGCACACAUAUAUACAUGGGGAACGUGGCAGAAAGAGUUUUGGAAGUUGGUGGCUGCUGCUGCUUCUGUGGACAGAGCGGUGAAGUGCCGGGUAGAUAUAAGGCCAUGCAGAGAGAUGACCGAAGGGCUGAACCGCUUUCCCUAGUCCCGAAGCACUGCCCAUUACGGUUGGGCAACGUGCUCGACGACGAGCUCGAGCUACAUACUACCGUACCUUCAAAUGUUGUUCAAAUGCACACUAUUUCC